CGCCAUGUCUUUCCACAAGACUUUCAGGAUCAAGAGGUUCCUGGCCAAGAAACAAAAGCAGAAUCGGCCCAUUCCCCAAUGGAUUCGGAUGAAAACUGGUAAUGAAAUCAGGUACAACUUGAAGAGGAGACAUUGGAGAACCAAACUGGGUCUAUGCGGAAUCACACAUGAGAUUUAUGCUGUAUCCAGGUUGCCUGCACCUUUAAAUGAUUGAAAAGGUCAACUGUCUGGACAGUU